GGCUGUCGUCAAGGUCGGGUGUACAACAAACAGCCAAGCUCCAUCCUGUCCCAAAUGAAGAUGGCUAUCUAUUGGCACAAUAAGCAAAAAUCAAUGGAUUUCCUCUUCAUUGCAAGCAAUACGGGUGGAGUUUGGAAAUAAGGAGGGAGAAGUUUGAAGGACACAUGCAGAGUGCAAAAUGAUGGAUGCAGCAGUGGAUGUAAUUUUAAAGACGAAGGAAGAGAAGGAUGCGGAACUAGAUAAAAAGAUAGAAGCUUUGCGGAAAAAGAAUGAAGUACUUAUGAAAAGAUAUCAGGAAAUUGAAGAAGACAAAAAAAGGGCAGAACUGGAGGGAAUGGCUGUCACCACUCGAAAAAACAGACCCGAAAAUCUCACCAUCACUAUUACAAAAGCCCCAAAUGAAAAGAGGGUGGUAAGUGAGAAACGGGUUUUUGGUGGAGCGAGCAAUCUUCGAGGUUGUGAAACAGAUGCAGGUCAAAGAUUCUCUGUAGGAAGAGGACAAAGACUUCGAAAAUUUGUUGUGGAGGAAAGCAAAGCAAAGGAGUGGGAGGAAAGGAGAAAGCAAAACAUUGAAAAGAUGAAUGAAGAAAUGGAAAAAAUAGCUGAAUAUGAACGUAGCCAACAGGAAGGAAAAGUUGACAAGAAUCCAGUUAGAAAUUUCUUGGAUGACCGUCGGCGUUCAGGUCCCUUACCAGAUGGGGAUAAGCGAGUGGUCAAUCGGCGUAAUAUUCGCAACUGGGGUGGCCCGGACUUUGAGAUGGUAAAGUCUGGUAUAGAAAAGAAGCGUUGGGAAAAAGGGUGGCAGGAGGGUGGGCUGCCUGCUCAGAAAGGCACUGUGGACAUGACUUUAUUGAUGACAGGGCGGGAGAGAGCAGAGUACGUCCGCUGGAAGAAAGAACGGGAGCAGAUAGAUCAGGAGAGACUAGCACGUCACAAGAACUCCAAAGGAGAGUGGAAAAGAGCAUGGGAUGCAAACAAAACUGAGGACAUGAGAAGGUGGUGCAGGACAAGAGGCAGCAGGAAAUGUCCAGAGUGGGAGAGGUUUCGAGAAGAUUUUGCAGUGGAAAAUGAGCUUGGCUUUCAUAAAAAAAAAGGUGGAAGAAACACAAGGAAAUGCAGUGUACGAUUUCAGCAUUAUGAUACACGAGAUGAUGGAAAUCAUUCCGACAAGACCAAAGAAGUGUUUCCGUGGUCUGAAGCUACAGAUAGCAGUAAAUCAAAGGGCAAAGACAGACUGACUGGAAGAGCCAGAAGCUUUAACAGAUUGGAUAUAAAAGACAAGAUUGAAAUACAAAGAGACACUGGAGAACAAUGGGUGGAGACAGUCACAGAAGAACAUAAGAAGCAAAAGGUAAAUGAAGAUGAAGAAUUGUGGAGGAAUGCUGAUUUAGAUGUGGUCAUGUUUGAUUGGCAGGAAGCUGAAGAAGGCAUUGAUGACUGGAUGAAUGGCGAAUGGGAAGCCGUUGAGAUACGUGACCCCCAGGCAAGCUCCUUCGAUCAUAAGGAAGUUCAUAGAGCUCUGGUGGAUGCUGAAGGGACUGUAAGCAAGCCAAGACCUUGUAGCAGUAAGUUGGGCAAUCUGUCAUUGGCCAAGGAGUUGAUGCAGAUCAGCCCUAUAUUGCGCCAUAAUAUUUCAGACAAAACUAAUUCUGAUUCCUCUUCAGAAAAUGGGGUUUCAGGUCAUGCUGUUCUCUCAGGGAGUGAUGUGCAGGACUUUGAAGAGUCAGGAAAUGUGCUAAAAUAUUGUUCAUCUUCAGACACAUGUAAACUGAGUAAAUCAGUAUUGGCUGCCUUCAAUGAGAUAUCGAACCAACUCAGUGCUACAGAGGAUCAUUUACCAUUAGAAGACAAAAAUCCGCUUGGACUUGAGUUGUCUGAUUGUCCUAACAUUCUGGAUGAUAAUUCUGCAGCACUGGAGAAAAAUGUAUCAGUUGCUGUUUGUGAUGAAGAAAGGAAGAAAUGUUAUUCAGCUGUUGAUAUUGCAACCAAAGGUUUGGCAAAGGGCAUGAAAUUUCAGGAUCGGUUUGCAGAGGAAGCUACUGGGAAGUUGCAGUCAGCACUCAUAACGGAGAGUGCGGAAACUUUGCAGAGUGAACAGGAAACCAGUGCCCCUGCUUGCAAAGUUGGAAAUGGUUAUUCUGGGCUUCAUCCAGAGAAGUAUCAAGAGGAACUGUCUGAAGAAAACCUAAGAAAUGACAUUGAUUUUAAGGAUGGUGAAGAGGCAUCUGGCGAUUCAGCCGUUGAUUUGAAACCAAGCACAAAGAUUUUACCCGAUGCUGCCAUUUUAGACAUUACCAAUACUAUAAUUGGGAUGAUGAUUAAAGAAAAAUGAAGUAAAUGCCAAACUGAUGGUCUCAUAUAAUCAAGAUAUCAAGAUUCUCUGCCUCUUGAGUGCACUGCUCACAUCUGUAAUUUAUUGAUAGUGUCUUUCUUGCAGUGUAUAAGCUAUAGGCUUCAUAGUAUACAAAUAACAUACAAAAUUAGAAACUUUAUACUAACUGAGGCCUAAACAUGUUUAUUAAUUACUAACCAAAAUUGCAAUAUUAAUUUCACUUUAUUUGCUUUUCUGUAAUUUUAUUUGUUGCAAUUACAGCAUAUUUAAGCACUUUAUUUCUACUAUAUAGUUAAUUUUAUUUGAAUUUUAUGAGAAUGUGGUGUAUUUCGCGUGUUGGUUGCAGAAUAGGUGCCAUAGGUAAUGGAUUCAACUUUAGAAUUAAAUUGGUCUCUAUGAGUGUGAUUUAAUUUAGGACACUGGAUUUAACAUGCAUAUUUUCAAAUUUUUGGCUUCAAUAAAGGGACACAAAGGUUUCAACAAUAUGCUCCUGGACAACAUUGAUGUGAAUCGUGAUAUGCAUUGCUGUUAUAUUUAUGCUUUGUGAACAAAGUUAGAUUAGAACACAAAAUUUGUCCCUGGGAGAAAAUACAGAACAAAACAUUUAAUCUGACAUGCAUAAUGUAAAGAAAACUAACUUAAGUGCUCUUCAGUUAGAAUAUAAACAGACUUUUUAAGGGUCACAGUAAAAUUAGCAUGGGCUGGUCUCAGUCCAAUUUCCAGUCAGCCCUGCUCAAAUCUGACACAUGUUUGUGACAAAUUUGCCAGUUUAGCUCAGACGGAAAGUGUGUAUUGGGAAAUGAAAUAACUCCAUACUCAGAGAGUAAAGUCUUCAGAAGUCAGGGCUGGUAAUGUACUGGCAAGGCAGCCUAUAAGGGAUUGCUGCACUGAAUAUGAUUCCUCCAUUUUAUCUAAUUUAAUACCACAUUGGAGUGCUCUUCCUCUUGCCUUUUCAAGUGGCAGCCCACUGCCCUCCGUUUUUAAAUCCUUCUUCCAAGUUUACAAUCGUAUGCAUUUUGAGGAAUAAAACAAUUACACCUGAAGCAACAGUUACAUUGAUGCAAUCUAGUUGCUUCAUCAUAACCAGCAGUAUUAUGACCAAGCUGCAGGUUACAUUUGUUAAGUUUGUGUGUAGAAUACACUGACAUUAUUAAUGUGACUUGCAUCAUAGCAACUUUUGGGACAAAACAUCACAGAUUUAAAUGUUGGAGUAAGAAAUACCAGCUUUUGGCCAAACCCUCAAGCUUUCAACAGGUUGGUAUAAACAUUUGAAGUCUCGUCAUUCCAGCUGAAAAUUGUUACCAAUCAAUUUACUGAUCUAGCCAUUUCUAAUUCAGGAUUCUGGGAGAAUUGCUUUGAGGUCAAGAUAUAAACUCUCAAAGCAGUUGUGAAUUAGAUUUCAAAAUACAGGAUGUGGUCAUUAGAAAUUGAAAAUGUUGGCAUUCCCAGCAUUUUGCUCCUCACCUUAAUAAGUGAAUAACAGUUUUUUAAAUAAGUGAGCUUUUGUGUGAAUACAGUGGGUUGAUGAAGAUAUUUAGGGACUGCAAUCAUGCAGGAUUUCCAGCUUUCAUCUAUAAUGAUCAUUCUUCAAAAGCAGAAAGACUAAAUUUAUCUAAGUGAGCCUGUUCCAUAUUGAAGGUUGGAGUGAAAGUGGAGCCAGUAAUGCUACAUGAGAGAGGGAGGGAGAGAAUGUUUUUAGAUUCAGUAAUGUGCUAAAACAUUGGUAUGGCUCAGUGUUUAUAGACACCUUAUGUUUACACAUUUCAGUAGUGUGUAUUUGAUAUUUUAUUUGUAUUUACAGUUGAAUUCACAUUUCUGUUACUCAUGUCAUGUAACCAAAAAUUAAGAAAAGUGAGUCCAGGGAAACCACUCGUUACUGAUGUACAUGCUAGAGCAUGGUUUAGAAUUUAUAUAUUUAAAGCAAUUAAUAUCUGUGGCAGCCUUAGACUGGAUUGAAAGUUAGAAUGGUUUAUUUUGAAAGCUGAUUUAAAAUUCCGUGAAAUUAUUAAAACAAAAAUGUCUUGUGUUUAA